GCUGUCUCAUUGGUCAGCAGGAUGAGGUUUGUUUUUGAACGUUGAACGCUGAUUGGCUGUGAGUGUGAGGUACAGCCGUUUAAACCGAGGGGCGGGCAGUUAGUGAGUUUGAAUCCGCAGCUCGGAACAUACCGAACAGAAACACCGACAGACCGACAGACCGACAGACAGACGUCCCGGUGAACACACGGUGAAACCCCCCGGUCAACAGACAUUUAACACACGCACCAUGGCCUCUCAGAACCAGGACCCGGCAGCAGCAGCGACUCUGAAGGGCAGUGAGACAGGAGGCAGCGCAGCCAGGAGCUCCGUGUCCAAACGGUUGCAGCAGGAGCUCAUGACUCUGAUGAUGUCGGGUGAUAAGGGGAUCUCAGCGUUUCCAGAGUCCGAUAACCUCUUUAAAUGGAUCGGGACCAUCGAUGGAGCUCAGGGGACGGUGUACGAGGGGCUCCGGUACCGGCUGUCUCUGGAGUUUCCCGCCGGUUAUCCGUACCAGGCUCCUCGUGUGAAGUUCCUGACUUCUUGUUUCCACCCGAAUGUGGACAUGCAGGGCUUCAUCUGCCUGGACAUUCUGAAGGACAAAUGGAGCGCGCUGUACGACGUGCGCUGCAUCCUGCUGUCGCUGCAAAGCCUGCUGGGAGAGCCCAACAACGAGAGUCCCCUGAACACGACGGCUGCUGAACUCUGGGAUAACCAGGAAGCCUUCAAAGCUCAUCUACAUUCCACGUUCCAGAAUUGAAGCGUCUCCAUUUUUUAAAAUGUUCUCCGUUUUCUUCUGUUUGUCUUCUUUGUACAAUAUUUUUAUGUUUGUUCACUCACUGAAUCAAUAAAGUUCUUAAUUCAAA